UGCUCAGCGAGUAACAUCUAGUCGGGUGCUCGGGCCGGCUUUGCCACUCGAUUAGUCUCGAUUAUUGGCUUUGAUUGUUUUUAAAUCAAAUCUAUUUGAGCGAAGUCGAGUCGAGUUUGGUGAACGAGAUAGUGCGGUUUUUAACGACGGAAGAAAAGAUUUAUUGCAUUUAUUUUUGUUAUUAUUUUCUCGAAGAAACAGUGAAUACGAUUAUUUCGAACUAGUGAAUGUGAUAUUUUGAACUUAUCCUGGACACGAACCACAGUAGCGUUGAGGUUUGAGUCUGGUUUCCUCGACAUCUGAAACUCGACACGAAUCGGUUACGAGUAUGUUAAAUAUUUUUGUUCUCUCCAAUACAGUAUCCCUGUACAGAUUGACAUAUCCAAUGAACCGCGGGAAGUGAGUUGUUUCGAGUUAUUUGAACGUACUAGCGGUUUUAUGUUUCUUCAUACAAUAUACGUGAUUGACUUGUGUCUGGGAUUUUGAUGCGAUAGUCGUGACGAAUCUUGUGUGACUUUUAUAAAGUGUUGGUAUAAAUAUAUGUCGGAUAUAUCUAUGGUAACAAAUAUAUUGAGUGUUCUGAUCGUUCUAGUGAAAUAUGCUACGUGCUCUCAAGUGACAUUUGAAUAAUAAAAAUCGUAAAUCCAUCGUAUUCGAAGUGAGUCUAAAUAUUUAAAAUAAAAGGAAGAAGAUACUUCCGCGUGUGUUUUAAUCUCACGGUGUGUGUCUCUCAGUGAACUUGAGUGAUUGACAAGUAUCGACAGUCGAUUGAUGCUUGUGGAUUAUCCCGGAUCGGACGAGACUUCCUUCACGCUGAGACGAUCGCCCGAUUUUUCUUCUGACCAAAAGCAAAAAGAUUUUCAUCAUCCUCGCUACGUUAUUUUUUCUACUUUGGAUUCUUUCUUUGAUAACUCCUGGCAGGAUUUCUAUUGAUGGGUGGCGAUUAGGAAAUCAUUAUUUUUCCCUUAGUCAGAUCAAGUGCCUCGUGUUCGUAGCGGUAGUAUCUGGAGCCCUGACAUUUCCAUAUCAAGGGCCCCUAUUCUUCGUCAUGCCCCCAACGUGCUGUAGGAAUUGCAUUUAAAAAAAAGAGAACCAAGAAAAGAGAUGCUUGGGAAAGAUAUUACAGCGGGGAAAACGAGGACACCGUAUGAAUGAAGAACAUUGCGAAUAUCCACGUGACGCCGACUAAAAAAUCCGACUCAGGGUCGAAAAUGCUGGAAAUUCGAGCUGACGAAGAAAAAUUUGCCAGGGUACUUUAGACAGAUUGCGUAAUCGCAAAAAGUAGGGUGAAAAAUGUCGAUGACCGGAAGCCUGAUGGGCUACGAGAACAACAACGAGGUGAACCAGGCCAAGUGCAAGAAGCCAUUAAAGCCACUUCCCGUAGUGACGAGCGUAAAUGCUACAGGCGUCACCAGUACGAGUAAAGUACGAAGAUCUCGGGCCCCAUCGAAACGCGAAUCUUGCAUACGUGGACACGUGAACAGUCUAUGGUCUGUUUGGUACGGCGUCCUCGCCGUGGCGCUGCAGGCGUACAUAGCUAUCAGAUGCGCCAAAAGAUUUGUUGCUUACCUCUCUCUACCCUGGCCAGCGGACGCACCCCCGCCAACGAUAGAGCUGCACGCCUGUCUUGUACUGGCUGGCGCUGGUGUACUUCUACUUCCGGUUUUAUUGACAUCAGCAUUUCUCAAAUUGGGAAAUUUGGCUAACGAUGGCGUAAAGCUCGGGAGACACCUCAGUACCUGCACUCGGGAUCCUCCCACGUUGCUCACAAACAAUCCUGACAAUGGUCUUGCCAGUAAUCUCUGGAGACACGGUGGACCCACUGCAGCCUUUGUUCAUCUUUGCACUGCCAUGUGCUUUCUUCUUCCUUCUUUACUCAUGGAAGCUCGUCUGAUUCAUGCUGGAUUUCUACCAAAAGAAGCAAUAUGGCGCACGGAUCUCGACUGGGUCGUUAUUCAUCGUGACAGACUGGUGGUAUUGAGCUUUAUGAAUCCGCCGGGAAAUCUGAGCGGAAUUACUGGAUUUAUAACGCCACAGCCUUACGUCACUGCACCGCCUUAUGAACUCGAAACCGAAGCUAUUUUAUCGUCGACCACCGACUUAACGGAUUUUCACCAGGAGUCUAUCAGCACCGACAGCACCGAAAGCUUCAUCAAGAAAUUGACCAGUGCAGCCAACGUUUACAAUCCUGUGACGAAAUCUGCAGUGCUGCCGCCGUCCAUUAUUAAAACUGCAGAAUUGACAACACCCAGUACAACUUCCACGACGGGAUCGACCUCGACCGUGACCCCAGCACCGUCUACGACUGCGUACACCUCCACGAGGAUCAUUGCAACCCCUGGUAUCAGUCUCAAGUCUACUGAGAAACCUAGCACUAGCCCCAGUGCGACAUCUACAAAAAGCUCAAGAACUACCAUUUUUGGUCAGAAACGAACCACGGCCAAGGUCAUCCCCAAGAAUGGUACUGCCAAGGGGAAGGCCAAGAAGAAUACCUUGAAGCCUACCGCACUUAAGCUCACUCAGGUUCAUAGGAGCAAUCUGACCGCGCAGAGUUUACCUAGUCUGAGCAGCUUGGCAGAUCUGGAUAAUCCUGAGAACAUAAAUCUGGAGUUUCACUCAGGCGAAUCUUAUGGACCCAUCACACUGGAGUACCUGAACUACGCCAUUGCAUUGGGUGUCUACUCUGUAAGAUAUCCAGCGGUUUUUUGGUCCUGCAAUAAAGCACUAGGCACCAUUUUCAGCUUGCAACUCGUCGCAAAUUCCGCACAGAGCUUGUUGGCUUAUGCAGGAAUGUCGGUACUCUACAAGGUUCAGGUUGUCGGAUUACUAAAGGUACUUCCGCAUCUGCGUCAUCGUACAGUCUCAACUGCCAGUACAAUUUCGACAUUCCUAGGAGAUUCGUACUUCCUGUUAAAUCCGCACGUCACGCUGGCGCUGUUCGCACUUUCAUCCCUUUUGGUCCUUUGUUCCAGUAUGGUCAUGUACCUGUAUGCUCAUGGAAGGUUUGUUGCGUUCCUGAAUCAAGAACGCGAACGCAGAGUGAUUUUGGCUAAGGAUGGUCGCGACGGAAGUGGCUGGGGUUACUUCACCCACUGCGCAGCGCUCUGCGUCUUUCUGGCGAUUGCGAUAUGCAGCGCUCCACUUUUAUACGACUAUACCGUGAUCUACAGAGGAAGUCUAGAUGGCGCAAUUCUCGCCUGUAUCAUCGGGACCGUUCUUCAUCUUUUUCUCUGGCUUGUUUUGUGGGUCUUCCUUAUGGUCAAGCAGAAAUGGAUCUUCAAACUUCGUGUAACCAUUGGACGCGCCACUGUUAGAUCAGCAAGAUCAGUCAAACUGGUGACAGACGUCGAUUUGUUAUCGGCCAGAGACGACGAGGAGGGUACCAACGCACCCUUACUGGUUGUCGGUAAUGGUAGAACUUACACUAUUGCCGACACCUCUCCGAAGAAGGCUAUCAUGAGUGUUAUCCAAAAAGCAGCCAUGGAGAGAAAAGCUCGAGCGCAAGGUGCUAACGUCGAUUGCGUAGACGGCGAGUCAACGGCUGACGGGGAUGAACAGAUCUACUGGCUGAGGCCCAAGUUACGUCCGAGUCCGGCCCAAUCGCCAAGCGAAGGUUCAGGCCCACCAGUUGGAGACAAAAGUUGGCUCAAUAAGAAACUUAAGCCAAAAGUCACCUUUAACGACCUGCCUAGUACGUCAGGCUCGCGCAAUAAGGGAAAAGCCCGACGAGGCGUUGCCGAUGGCGGGCCAGACGAUGACGGCGAUUACGCAACGUUACGGGAAUUGCCGUUAAUGACGUCACUCGAUCCUGCCGACGAUUCCACAUCCGAGGAGAACAAGUGGGGAAGAUGGCUGGUAGCCCGUAGGGAUGCUAUACCAAAAUUUGCGGAUUUGCUGGAGUGCGUGAACGAUGACCAAGUGACAUAUUACGCAAGUGCAAAUCGCGACCUUCAACCAUCGGAAGGCGAUCCGUCACCCCUUCUGACUCCUGAACCAUUACCGGAUCCACCCCCAGUUCCACUUCCUCUUCCACCACCGACGCCAACUUGUGCCUCAAGUAGUGACGUCAUCACAGCACCCCUAACUACUAAUACUCAGAUAAAUGGCGGUCAAACGCCUCGCUGUCUUCGUCGUGCAGAUUCAGGAAUGCCCCACGAAGAACUGACGCCACGGUCGGACUCCUCUAAUUCACCUCCAUUGGAUGGCGGCUCAUCAGCACCAAGUAAUACAAGUAGCCACAGUGAGACAUCUAGCGGCGUUCACUCGAACGCGAGUAACGCAAGCAACACAAGCAACGUCAGUACGACGUCACAGCAGCGUAGAGCAACCAGCGUGGACGAUUUGACCGGAGAGCCAAGGGAGGAGCCACAGUGGCGUAGUUGCUCGUUACAAAGAGGGAUGCAACCACCGACAAACGGAAAGGCAACAUUUUCACCCCCAAAUUCUCGUCCCGGUACGAGCCAAUCGUCGUUCUCGCCGCAGUACGCGAAUCACGUACCUCUGUUGAACGGCGUGGAUCACGGUGGCGGCGCUGCAGUCGUCGGGGGAGUCCCCGCUGUCAUUCUGGAGAAUCCAAACGAGGCGACUGUCGUGAUUCGUCGAAAAUUAUCAAGGCCGAAGAUAACCGAACCCCUAAAUCCGAACGAGGAGCCCUUCGGCAGGUCUACCAACAUGAGAAUGACGUCAUUCACGGAAAACAGCGACCUCAGAACCAUUCAAGCUUCCUCCGCAACGCUUCCUCAUUACCCAACUCAGCCUGUUGUUACGUAUCCUCACUGCUCCACCAUGCCGCUGCCUCACGCCUCGCACAGUAUGGCUGGUUCCAAUAUAGCUGGUUCCACUGGUAGCUGCGGUUCCGUUCCUAGAACGGUUCCUAUCGCGCAUACUACUGUUCCUGCUCAUACCACGCUACCUUCCCAUCACAAUGGCGUAAGGUUGCUACACGGUGGUCCCAACCCGUUUGUUAAGAGGUUCCCACCGGUACAGGUGCACACACAGUCCUGGGGAAUACCCGGACAUCAUACUUUCCCUCAAGCACCACAGAACAAACUCUCUGCGCCUGCGCAGAUCAGACAGAGCGACAGGGACUCUGCUAAUUUUUCUAUGGCCAGCAGUGGCGAUUCCGAUACGUGUUUACCCCAUUAGAUUAUAAAACUUAUGGGUAUGGUUUAGCCAAUGAAUACAAGUUAGACGGAGUGAUAUGGCGCUCUGAAUUUUUCUAUGGCUUAUUCCGUUAGGUAGUUAAAAGAGAUGAAAAAGGGUUGCCCCAUUGAUCGAGUCAGGUCGAUAGAAAAAUUGUGGAUACAUAUUUCUCUCUAUGUCAGAGAGGUUGACUGUGCGAUUUUUUUUUUCCUGAACUACUUCUAGUCCGACUUUCUCCCGUGGACAAUAAUUUCUUAUUUUUAUUCGGUGCGAAUGAUUGUAAACGAUACGGUGGGUGCUUUUUUCAAUUUUUUAGAAUGUCUGAUUAAAGGUUUCAAGUGUGCCUCUCAUUGCUUCGGGACUCAGGUAUUAGACUGUUCAGGAUGACAAGAAUUAAUAAUGUUAAAAUAGAUGAACGGAGUAACGAUUAAAACUAAAGGUGUCGCACAAUUACAAAGAUGGCACGUGGUGCGCCGUGAGCGUAGACUAAACUUUUCUACACGAUUUUUGCAAGAAUUAGAUUAGCCAAGAGAGCCGAACUUCUUGCUGGACACAUAAUUUACAUAUCGCACGAUGCAACAACAUAUCCCUGUAUUUUCGAUUCACCUUUAUAUUUAAAUGACCAGUAGCUCAAUGGGCUUAUUCGUGGGAAUUAUUCCCAUCGCCUACGAUUAAUCUUAACGUUUAUUCCUUUUUCUAUAAGCUAGCGAGAUGCGAUUGUUUGUCCACGGGAAAAAAUAUUGUUCUGAAUGAUAUACACUGUAAAUGUCACUGACAUCUUUCAAAUACAAGUAGUCACGUGAAUGAAGAGUCAGAGACAAAAAAAAUUAAAAAUUCAUGCUUUCUGAUAGAUUUUUUUUUCUACUUGUAGAUCAACGAUAGACUCUUUGGAUCGAUCAAAUUGGUUCGAUAGUAACCCUAACGAGACAUAAUAAAUUGUACGAAGCGAAAACCACCAUUGAUACCCUGAGAGAGUAAUCUUGAAAAAUUCUUAAGGGGAUGUUCUUGUUAAAGAAAAAAAAAAGAAAGUUGUUUUCAUAGUACGAAUAUGAAAGAGAUGUAAGAAGAGAAAAAGAGAAAUAAGAAAAAUAACAAAAAAAAAACGUAGACAAAAUAGUAUUACAUAAAAAUACGCUAAGGUUAGCAAAAAAACAAUUUCAAAGAAAAGCUUUUCACUUUUCGUUACGUCGCUGUACUAUUUUGCGAGCAGAACGAAUCUCUGUCGAUUUACAAUUGUUUUCUUAGUUAUCUUUUGUGUAUAGUUCACUCACUGUAAAUCUGUCCCUGUACAUUAUUUUUGCAUCGAUUACGUCUUGGGGCUCAUUCGGACCAAAAGGCGGAGGGUAGCGUCAAAUAGGGAAGAAGUUUUUGGAUCUGACGACGUAGCAGUUCAAUGCUCUUUGCCCAUUGGUCACUGCCUGCUGAUCACUGCCAGCUACCUUUGGUGUGAAUGAACCAUUAUGGUUGUCCUUUCUUGUGAAAGAUUGAACGAAUCUUGAUAAUUCUUUAUCGGCGCUCUUUAUUGUGGCGGCACUGUUAACGCUAAUUAUUACUAAACUCGUGAAGGGUGAAUGGGAAAAAAAAUCUAUUUAACCCUUUAGGAACGUAUGCGUGUACUCAAAUUUUUAACGUAAGAAAAAAAAAGAAUUACGGUGAUAUAAGGGGGAAAAAAACGAACCGAAGAUAUAUGGAUUACUGCCACUAUCCUUAAAACACAAAAUAUGUUUUGUGACGUGAUUUUUCGACUCACGGUCCCAAGGCGGCUCCGGUUACCGAUACAGAUAACGUUCUCGAUUUCUGGUUCCCUUCGGGUCGCCACCCUACUCAGAAGCUACGCUCUCAGGUUGAU